CUCGAUCCAACUUCCCAUUGCCAGCUGUGGCCGAAUUCUUUCCUCGCGCGUUUGUAUUGGGAUCGUUAACUUUUGCACGACGUUAAAAAAUGGGGCGCCGACCUGCGAGGUGCUAUCGAUAUUGUAAAAAUAAGCCCUAUCCAAAAUCCAGAUUUUGUCGUGGUGUACCGGAUCCAAAGAUCCGUAUCUUUGAUCUUGGCAAGAAGAAAGCAUCUGUAGAGGACUUUCCCUUAUGUGUGCACUUGGUAUCGGAUGAAUAUGAACAGCUUAGUUCCGAGGCUCUGGAAGCCGGACGUAUCUGUGCUAACAAGUACAUGGUCAAGAACGCUGGCAAAGAUCAGUUCCACAUUCGUAUGAGACUCCAUCCUUUCCAUGUUAUUCGUAUCAACAAGAUGUUGUCAUGCGCCGGAGCUGACAGGCUCCAGACUGGAAUGCGAGGUGCGUUCGGGAAACCACAAGGUACUGUGGCCAGAGUACACAUUGGUCAGCCUAUCAUGAGCGUGCGUUCUUCGGACCGUCAUAAGGCGGCUGUGAUCGAAGCUCUGCGACGUGCCAAGUUCAAGUUUCCCGGCCGUCAGAAGAUUUACGUGUCGAAGAAAUGGGGUUUCACCAAGUAUGAUCGUGCGGAGUACGAAGAGCUGAAAGUGGCGGGCCGUCUUGCUCCGGAUGGUUGCAAUGUCAAGUAUUUACCUGAGCACGGACCACUUGAUGAGUGGAAGAAAUUCAGGAAGGUGCUUGCAGCAGCCUAAAGCAGUUAGACCAUAAAACACUUUGGACAUGGAAUUGAAUAAAAUGGAUGAAAAAAAAAAA